UGGUCGAAGCUUCAACAGCCCCAGCGCCUCUUUGUCUUUGGGGAGGGGAGGGGAGGGGGAGGGGGGGGUGUGUGUGGAGACCAUGGUGCGUCAGGGUUUGGCUCCCACAAUGGGAGACCUCUUCUGGCCCGUACCCUUGGUGCUGGCCGCUCUCCUGCUCACCGUCCACUCUGCACCCGAGGUGCCCGGGUUCCCGCCGGGCUUCCCGGACUUUGGCCGCAGCCAGUGCAAGACCAUCCCCCACACCAUGGCGCUGUGCCACGGGGUGGGCUACAGCCAGAUGCGUUUGCCCAACCUCCUGGGCCACGACUCCAUGAAGGAGGUGGUGCAGCAGGCAGCCUCCUGGGUCCCCCUGCUCAGCAAGCACUGCCACGCCGACACCCGCAAGUUCCUCUGCUCCCUCUUCGCCCCCGUCUGCCUGAGCGAGGUGCGCGAGGCCAUUCGGCCCUGCCGCUCCCUGUGCCGCGACGUGCGGGACGGCUGCGCCCCCGUCAUGCUGGCCUUCGGCUUCCCCUGGCCCGACAUGUUGGACUGUGGCCGCUUCCCCACCGACAACGACCUCUGCAUCCCCUCCGCCAACUCCGACGAGGACCGGGCUCACCACGAAGAGGUGAAGGUGUGUGAGGCUUGCGUCUCGGAGGGAGAGCUGGAGAAAACCAUCCUGGCUAAUUACUGCAAAAACGACUUCGUGGUGAAGGUGAAGGUGAAGGGCGUGACGUACGUUGACGGUGAUGCGAGGGUGACGCUGGAGGGCAGGGGCCGCCCGCUGCUGGGGCCGGCCGUGACGGAGUUGCCCGAUGAGCUGUGGCUGGCCGGGGCCGGGGCCGGGGCCGGAAUCGGAGGCGGCAUUGGCGGCGGCUGCAGCUGCGACGAGCUGCGCGAUCGCUCCGCCUCCUUCAUGCUGAUGGGGCGGCUGUGGUCCGAGGGCAAGUGGCGCCUCACCCUGGUCAGGCGGUGGCAGGGCAGCAAGCGAGACCUCCGCCGUAUCCACAGGAACGUCAGGAAGAUCCGCUGCUAACCCCUCCCCCCCCCCCUGCUCCAGGCCCUUCGGCCCAUGCACUCCAUGCUGACCCGUCCACACUAGCUUCAACUUAUCACACUGUCUAAUCCACUCACUAACACACCAGGGGGUCAAUUUACAGAGGGGCCGAUUAACCUGCAAACCCGCACGUGUGUGGAGUGUGGGAGGAAACCGGAGCGCCCGGAGUAAACCCACGCAGGUCACGGGGAGAGAACGUGCAAACUCCACGCACGCACGCACACACACGUGCACACGCACACACACACACACACACGUGCACACACACACAUGCGCACACACACACAUGCGUGCUCAC